ACAGAACCGUUUCAGUCUCUUCGUACCUCAGUGUUCUCCCAAUGGGCAUGAGACCGUCAGUUAGGAACGGUGUUUGUGCUUGUAAAAGUCAUGUAGGUGUUAAGUCAAGGUUUUGUGGUAUCUGCAUUCCGAAACGAAAACAAAUAGCUUCGUCUUUGGAAUGUGAAGCUGUCGCAGAAUAUGCUACCAAGGAUAUCAAAAAAAUUAUCGAGAGUUAUCCUGACGGUAAUCUUGAUUAUUUUGGCUGUUGUGAUCAUUUCCGAUGUAAAUAGGAGAAGAAACUUUGUGGAGGAAAAGAAAGAAGAGAUUCAUCCCAAACAUAUCUUCAGAGAGAACCAGGAGGAAUACGUCGAUAGGCAUGGCAUUAAAGUUGUCGUUGGCCACUAUGUUGGAAAUGACCUUAAGAACGUUCCAAAUGCAACUUACGAGAUCAUCAACACGAAUUUCUUCAAUCCAAAAAGAGACGCUGGUAAAAACGGCAAUCCAGUUUUCGUUGAACCCAAAGACUUGAUACGAAGCCAACAGUUGUACAAUAUCAAUAAGUUUAAUUUAUUAGUUAGUGACAGUAUUCCGUUGAACAGGAGCUUGCCAGAUAUGCGAAGGAAGAAGUGUGCUCAUAUAUUCAGAGAGUGUAAAGACUGCCCAAAAACCAGUAUCAUCAUCGUCUUCCACAAUGAAGCAUGGUCUACCCUAAUGCGCACUGUGUGGAGUGUCAUCAACAGAUCGCCUAAGCAAUUGCUUCAAGAAAUUAUUUUAGUGGACGAUGCUAGUCAAAGAGAGUUCCUGAAGACACCUCUAGAAGAUUACAUAGCGACACUUCCUGUGCCCACAAAGCUACUCAGAACUCCAAAACGAGUAGGCCUCAUCAAAGCAAGACUGAAAGGAGCAGCAGAAGCAACUGGAGAUGUAUUGACCUUCCUAGACGCCCACUGCGAAUGUACCAGAGGAUGGUUGGAACCGCUACUCACAGUCAUAAGAGAUGACAGAUCAGUCAUUGUUUGUCCAAUAAUAGACAUAAUAAACGAUCAAACCUUCGCCUACGUGAAGAGCUUCGAGCUUCACUGGGGAGCCUUCAAUUGGAACCUUCAAUUCAGAUGGUACACUUUGGGUGGUCAUCAGUUGGAUAAGAGAAAGUUGGAUCCUACCUUACCCUUCGACACUCCAGCCAUGGCGGGUGGUCUGUUCGCCAUAGACAGACGGUAUUUUUACGAAAUGGGGUCUUAUGAUGAGGGUAUGACUAUUUGGGGAGGGGAGAAUCUGGAACUUUCCUUCAGGAUUUGGAUGUGUGGUGGAAAGGUUCAAAUAGCUCCUUGUUCUCGUGUGGGUCACGUUUUUCGUAAGGCCUCACCAUACACUUUCCCUGGUGGGAUCGGGAAGACUUUAUACGCAAAUUUGGCGAGGGUUGCUCUGGUUUGGUUGGAUGAAUGGGGGGAUUUCUAUUUCAGAUUCAACGAGGCCUCCAACGCGGUUAAAACAGAGCAAAACGUAACCAGUAGGAUUCAACUGAAACAGAGCUUAAAAUGCAAGAGUUUUCGGUGGUACCUGGAGAACGUUUGGCCUCAAAAUUUCUUUCCUUCCCGUGAUAGAUUCUUUGGGCAAAUCCGGAACGUAGCAACAGAUCUCUGUCUGAUAAAACCAGAUACGAGGGGGAUUUCUAAUCAGCCCGUGGGACUUGCCACAGUGGAGCCUUGCUUGCGUAAAAACGUGACGCUGGAGAUGUUUGUUAUGACGAAGGAAGGUUUCAUCAUGACAGAUGACUCUAUCUGCUUGGAUGCCCCGGAGGCUAACAAAACUGGAUCUGCUAAGGUGAGGAUCAUGGCGUGCAAUGGGGCAACCAGGCAAAAAUGGACUUAUGGGAAAAAGACAAAGGAAUUGAGACAUUUGACGAACCAAAAAUGCUUGGAUGUUCCUGAUACAUCCAAAUCUACAGAUGCUCUAGUUAUGCAGGACUGCAACGGAGAAAUGUCGCAGAAAUGGAAUUUGGAACCUGUAAAAUGGACUGAAAUCUACUGAAAUGGCCUGCAGUCCAACGAAAAUAUUUAUGUUAUUUAUUAUUAUGGACGGAGGUUUUAUUUAUUAACUACAUAACUGUGAUAAUAAUGAAUCUGUUAGGUCAAUAAAAAUUAUUUCGUAUUUUUCGUCAA